ACAAUGCCAUAUGAAUAUUGUUUAGAAAGUUAACAUGUUCAGUUUCAUAUCGUAAAGACUACGAGAACAUCAACACAAAUCGGUUAAGCCUUACCAACAUGCUUGUAUACAAAGGUAGACAUUUGAACCGGUAUGUUUUCUGGAAUGCAAAUUUACCGGAGGCAGGCUGAAGAUUACCGGAAGUUCGGCGUGUUAGCUACAAAUUAAAAGCCUUAUUUUUUGAAAUUCCAAAUCAGUGUAUGGUUUUUUUCAUGUUUUAUUUUUUGAAACAACGCCGCCGGAAGAAGAUUAUGUGCAUUGUGGCUACCUCGACAUUUCGGUUCGACAUGUCUCCAUCGCAGACUCUUCUCCGUCACUAGAAGCGUCUGGACUUGUCGCUGAAAACCACCCCGUUGCUUCAGGUUAGCAUCAAGCUAGCGGGCCGCCCGUCAGCCAGGACCCAGGAGAACAGCAGCAGCAUCUUCAUCAAUGGUGUGUCCACAUCCUGGAGCCGUCACAUUUUCCUGUGUGCGCUCGAUGAACCACCCCCUCGGCUGUCGUCACAGCUGCACAUGUAUGGCGUUUGCGAGGCUUGGGGGGGAGUUUUGCCAAGCCCAGCACCUGAUGCUCAUCGUGGACAAGUGAACAGGAGACACCAGCUCGGUGUAGACACUGCCGAUCACGUGCACAGGUCCUUCCUGCCAUCUUGCUCAACCCAUAUGAAGACAGGCCAACCUUCAGUCUGUCACCUGUCCCGGGGAGUGGAGGAGGAUUUGGUCUCAGCCCCAGGAGUUUCCUCUCUGCUCUUCUCCUCUCCUGCCUUUCCUUCCUGCGUCACCUCUGACUCAUGCUAGUCGUCUCUGAAUGGGCUAACACAUUUGAAAGGAAGAAAGGAUAGAUCUAUUUUCUGUCCUCCAAAUUUAAUUUUUUUCCCUUCUGGACUUUGGUUCUCUUAGACCUAGUCUCUUUCAUCCCAAUCUGCUAGAUUUAGAUUUUUAGUUUUUAACAAUCCAAUUUAAAUUUGUCCUUCAUUGUCAAGAAAAGGUUAACCCCUUCCCUCCUUUUUCUUUCUCAGAAAAAUAACUAGUCCUUUUUGGUUUUUACACGGGACUACCUUUUGCCGCCAAAGGAGUACAAUAUUUACAUUCUUUGCCCAUAAAACAUUUUUUUAAUUAGUUUUCUAUUUAUUUUAGCUUUUUUAAACAGUCACAGGGAGAUUUACUUUGAUUUCUUUGAAGACCUGUCUGUUGAACCAUUUUUUUAAAGCACAAUCAUUUUUUUUAUUUUUUAUUAACAAACCUCUGUUGAUCUAAAAAUGAACCGACCGGCUCCAGUGGAGAUCUCCUAUGACUGUCUGAGAUUCCUCAUCACGCACAACCCCACAAACGCACAACUGGGAAGGUUCAUAGAGGAUCUGAAGGCCUACAGUGUCAACACCCUGGUUAGAGUGUGUUCUGCUACAUAUGACAAGGCACCUGUGGAACAAGAAGGAAUACAAGUUCUGGAUUGGCCAUUUGACGACGGCUCGGCCCCCCCAGACCAGGUUGUGGAAGACUGGCUGAACCUGCUGCAGGCAAAGUUUCGAGACGAGCCUGGCUGUUGUGUGGCUGUGCACUGUGUCGCUGGACUUGGACGAGCUCCCGUGCUGGUGGCCCUGGCUCUAAUUGAGUGUGGGAUGGAAUAUGAAGAUGCAGUGCACUUCAUCAGACUGAAGCGUCGCGGGGCGUUCAACUCCAAGCAGCUGCUUUACCUUGAAAGCUAUAAACCUAAACUGUGUCUGCGCUCCAAAGACGGCAACGGACAGAGCUGCUGUGUACAGUAGGAAUCUCCAACCCUCACCCCCACCAUUCACACCACCACCGCAACUGCGUAGGACACUUAUAUCUUUUGAUGUUAAAUGGAAAGUUGAUGUGAUUGCUUUCUGAUUUUUUUUAUUAACCUAAACCCAUAGAAUCUAUUCAAAGCGCUUCAUGUAAUAUCCGCAAAUUAAGGACUGCAUAUUUUCUUCAACUAUUCGGUAUAGUCACACAACUUCUGAUUUUACAUAAAAAAUUUGCCUAAUAAAGUGGAUGUGUUGAAGGUUUCUCAUUCUGUUCCUUGGUCUGUGACCUCAUCUCUACAUGUACCAGAACUGCACAGAUACACGAGCACAUUUAAGACCACAGUGGGACAGCACUCCUGUUGAUCUGUCACUGAGAUAUAAUUCCAGCUAAAAAUGUAAAAACAUUUAUCCCGAGGGUCAACCUUUCCAUUCACUGUUACCGAUGCAGCUGCAAUAAAUGCUGCUGGUGUACACACACUUGUUCUGAUUGAAAAUGUUGACAUGAUUAAAAAGCUUUGACGCUACAAACACUGAAUGAAUCCUGCGCAUUGUGCUCUCAGAGGCUUGCUGCUUUAUUGAACAUCAACCCACACAGAUUUAUGUAUUCCAGCCUUUGCUCACUGACCAAAUCAAUGACCAGCAGCCAGAAUGUGGCGCAGACGGUGGAAGAAUUCAGAAAAGUUAGAAAACAUUAGAUAAUGUGCUUAAAUGAUUAAAACAUUUUAGAGAAAAACUGUCUUCCUGUACAAGAUAUGAUGUAAACAACGCUACAAUCUACCUACUUACUGUAUGUCCCGAGUCAUAGGAGCUUCUCUGCAACAAACCCUUGUUGGAUUGACAAGUCAUACUGUCACCGUGGCAACGGGGCCCACACGUUAAAGAUCAGUUGGCGGAUGUAUUCAUGAAUCAAAACUGGAAGGUUUUGGUAGAUUAUCAGCUUCUCGGAGUUGAACACAAAUUUGUUCUCAGUAGCAGGCUGAAGUUUAGUUCACACUUUGUAGUGUGAUACUCGACGUGUAGGAUUGAGUGAUUGGCACGCGUUGUGUGAUAUCAGUCUUUGAUUGAUGAUAUUGAACACAGACACAUGAGCAUGCGCUGUUAAAGACGGCAAAGGAGUAGAGCGGGACGUUUGACGAAGCAGGACAAUCUUCCAAAACCUUUCUGUGUUCUUACAACAAGCAUGAAACUGGAGCCAACAUGGCUGCCCCCCGAGCACCCAAUGGCCGUUGUCUGUGUCCGUGGCUCUGUACGCACAUGACUGUCUGCUCAGCUGCUGUGUUCGUAAGAUGCCGUUGGUCUUUGUGAUGUUCUUAUUUAUUUUCUUUCCCUUGUAUCUUUAUCUAUCUCUGUACUCGUUAUUUAUUUAUCAACGCCACUGUGUUUCCUUGUGAAAUGUCCGUCUGCUGGGGAAAAAAAAAUCUUAGUAAUGGAAAAUUAAAGUGUUUAGUACUGUAA